AUGCUCGUGGCAAUUUUAAAAAUUUUAGUUGCAUUCUUUGCAAUCACUGUCUCAGCACAUGAAAUUGUUCUACAAUUAGACACAACAUUAAAAGAAUGUGACGAUGAAUGUGGCUGUAACCAAAACCACACUAUUGAGUCAUGUGUUUCUCUUAACGAUAAAGAUGGCACCAUUACCUUUUUUUCUGGUUCAUCAUCACUCCCUUCCACAUCAAAAAUAUGCAAGGAAUGCUACAACUUGACGAGAAUAAUAAACAUAAUCCAGGAAGAAAGCAAAGAAUCCUUUCAAUUUGAAUUUCAAAUUGCCAAAAUGCCAUUAUUGAAUCUUUUAAGAGUUUAUGACAAGGGAUUUCUUGGACUUGUAUCAAUGAAUCAGUUCUAUUUAAUCACAGUGGAAAAUGAUAACGGACUAUUCUUUGAGAAGUAUAAAUUCCACGAGUUAAAAGAGGAUAAAAACAAUGGAGCAUUCCACCCAACAUCUAAUUCAUCAUUCAAACCGUGCAGCACUGAGGUUGUCAACUUUUUAUAUUUUUCAACAUUCAAGAACAGGUUUACUAUAGCAGACACUAUGAAAACUACGGAUCUUGUCAUUCAGAAUACACAGAAGUUUAUAGAUUAUUCAACGUACUUGUAUUAUACAUCAAUAUUUCUUCUAUGUAUAACGAUAUUGAUUUUAUGCAUAAAGAAUAGGGAUCUGAUCAGGAAGUAUAAAUUAAAACAAUCAACUGAAUGA